AUGAAUAAUUUAGCUAUUCAAGAAUAUUUUGAACUUGCAUUAGUAUUUAUUCAAUGCGUUUAUCAUUACAUUCAACAGCAACAACAACAACAACAACAACAACAACUAGAACUAGAACUAGAACAACAAAAAAAGAAAGAUGAAGAUGAACAAGACUCUGAACGAACCAUUGCCAUAAAUUCAAUAUUGGAUUCUAUUUCAAAUAGGUUAUUUUCAAUGCAUUUUCAAUCGACUAUUUAUCAAAGAAUACCAUUGUUUGUCAUAUAUACUGUUGAGAAUAAUGAAGGUUUACCUUAUGAUGGAACUAGAUUAUCACCGAUAAUAUCAGCAAAUUCACUAACUUCAACAGUAACAUCAACACUGUCAACAGCAUCGUUACCUUCAAGAAUAACAUCUGAUGAGCCACCUCCUGUUCCAACCCUACCACGGUUACUAUUACCAUCUUCACCUUCAACUUCAGACUUGGCUUUAUCAGAUCCUUUGCCUUUACCUUUACCUUUAGCUUCUGCUUCUGCUUCAGUUUCACCAAUGUUAACCCCAUCACCAACAUCAUCCCCAUCACCAACAUCAUCACCAUCACCAUCACCACCUCCACUGCCACCCCCACUUCCAAUGCAGUUUCCAUUACCCCUACCAUCACCAACACCAGUUCAACUACAAUUGCCUGUUAUAACUUCACCACCACCCCUUCUUUCACCCCCACCACCUUUGGUAAUGGCAACAGGAUCAUCACAACCACUAAGAAAUGAAAUUAUCCCUCUUCACAAUAUUGAUCAAAGUUCAAGUUCAGACACUGAAAGUGUAGCUGGUGUAAAAGAAUUGAAAGAGUUAAUUAAAGGUAGAGAAGUAUUAACAUUUGGUCCUGAUGGUUAUGGUCAAUCUAUAAAUGAUGACAUUCUUCCUCAAAUGACUCUGUCAACACCACUGUCAACAUCAUUCCCUGGAUUGACAAAAUUGCUUGAUACUGAAGGCAAUGAAUAUUUAUUACACCUGAAUGGAUUUGUCACCCCCAUCAUUAAAAAUCCCGAUUUAAAUGGCAUGGAAAUCAGUUCAAUAAUUGCUAACUAUAACAAUAAUAACAACAGUAAUAACCACAACAAUAGUCAUAAUGGUUAUUAUUAUAAUAAUAGAAGUAUGGUUUUGCCAACUAAUGCAGCUGGCUUAUCAACAACAAUUCCACCAUCAACUACUACUGCCAUAACUAAUAAUACCAACAAUAGUAGCAGUAUUAUGGCUAAUGCUAAUGGUGCAAUGAAUACAUCCUUAUCACUAAUUAAUAAUAAUGAUAAUAGAAAAAGAAGAAGAUUAAACCAAUCCCCUUAUAGAAAUUUGACAACACGUAAUUCUCGUGCACCCAAUAAUGAUCGAUUAAAAGAAUUUCAAACCCAAAUUUUAGAAUUGACUCAAUUUUAUGGUGAUUUAGAUUUAGGUACCAAUAAUCGAUUUGGAGCUGUUGAUUCAACAACUAUAAUUAUUGGAACUAUAAGUCGAUCAAAUAGUUCAAAAUCAAGUUUCCGGAGUAGUAGUUUAAGAACUAGUUUAUGUAAAGAUGAUAGUAGUCAAUCAUCUAAUUCUCCUGCUAGUUUUAAUGUGCAUAAAAAUAGAUAA